UCUACAGGGUCAACACUUUCCCACAUUCACACAGAGCUCUGCCAGUGUCUCUCCAUCACCCCCCAGUCCUCCACCUGUCCCCCUCAGAUCUAACCAUUGUCCCUCAGGCAUUAACAGCAUUCAGCGUGUUGCCGCUCCACAUGCCGCAUUGUCUCAACAAGCUCUCUGAUUGGCUGAGACUGUGAGAAACUCCAGUCAGACCCAAACCCACACAUUCAUAUGGAGAUGUGGGACUAUAAAUAGGAGGGAGGAAGCCAGCAGAGAUCAGAUUCUCUCCACAGAGACUCAGACAGCACAGACAUCCAGACAUGGCUCCUACAAUCACUGCAGCCGUCACCAACAACCAGGAGCAUCUGACUCUCAACCACAAGCUCAGAAAGCCUCUGGUGGAGAAGCUUCGCAGAGAGCGAAUCAACAGCAGCAUUGAGCAGCUCAAGUCUCUCCUGGCUCCAGAGUUCCUCCAACAGCAGCCAGACUCCAAGCUGGAGAAAGCAGACAUCCUGGAGAUGACAGUUUGUGUCCUCAGACGACUGCAGCAGCAGCAGCAGAAAAACCAGGCUGUGAGCUCUUCAGCUGUUAACAAAGGCUACUCCAUGUGUGUCCAAGAGGCAUCACACUUCCUGUCCAGGCAGCAGGUGGACAUCAUGACCCAGAGAAGACUGAUCAGCCACUUCAACAAGCUGCAGUCCUCCUCUGACAACAACCUGACAGAGGCUGACUCCUCUCCUCUCAGCUACACAGUCCACACCAGCAUCACCAAAGAGAAGAGUCCAGUCAACAGCGCUCUCUGGAGGCCGUGGUAGAGAAGUCACUACCAGAAAAAACUGACAUGACCACAUUGGUCAAAUGUUA